CAUCACAGGGAGGGGUUGGUUGUAUUUGGUUGAAAUGUCAGGACUCGCUGAUCACAUGUUAACGUGUGGCAGCAGAUGUGCCAAAGUGAUUCCAUCUUGAAGCAGGGCUGAGCAUCCCCCCAAGUAUGGCCUCUGACCCGAACGGCUCCAUUUCCAGUAGGAGCCCGGCCAACCAGUUCGUUCAGCCGGCGUGGCGAGUGGCGCUGUGGGCCCUGGCUUAUUGCGCCGUCCUCGGCGUGGCGCUGCUGGGCAACGCGGUGGUCAUCUGGAUCAUCGUGGCACAUAAACGGAUGAGGACCGUCACCAACUAUUUCCUUCUCAACUUGGCCCUGUGUGACGUGUCCACGGCCGCCUUCAACACGCUUGUCAACUUGAUCUACGCGGCCCACGGGGACUGGUACUUCGGGGAGGACUACUGCAGGUUCCACAACUUUUUCCCGGUCGCUGCUGUGUUCGCCAGUAUUUACACCAUGACCGCCAUUGCCGUUGACCGGUACAUGGCCAUCAUCCAUCCUCUGAAGCCUCAUCUGUCAGCCAAAGCCACUCUAGCGGUAAUCAUGGCCAUCUGGAGUCUGGCUGUGGUUCUGGCCUUCCCUCUUUGCUACUUCUCCACAAUUCGAGUUCUUCCCCACAGGACCCUGUGCUAUGUGGCGUGGCCACGCAUGGCAGACGAUGCCUUUAUGUACCACAUCAUAGUGACAGUUCUGGUCUAUGUGGUGCCUUUAGUGGUGAUGGGCAUCACUUACUCCAUCAUAGGGAUGACCCUUUGGGGAGGAGAGAUUCCUGGAGACACAUCUGAUAACUAUCACGGACAACUGCGGGCUAAAAGGAAGAUUGUGAAGAUGAUGAUGGUUGUCGUGAUGACCUUUGCCUUCUGCUGGCUGCCCUAUCAUGUCUACUUCAUUGUGACGGGCCUCAACAAGCGCCUGAGCAAGUGGAAGUCCAUCCAGCAGGUUUACCUGGCAGUGCUGUGGCUGGCCAUGAGCUCCACCAUGUACAACCCCAUGAUCUACUGCUGCCUCAACAGCAAGUUCCGGGCUGGCUUCAAGCAGGUUUUCCGCUGGUGUCCGUUUAUCCGGAUGUCAAGCUACGACGAGCUGGAGCUCCAGAACAGAAGACUUCGCCCGGGUCACCAGAGCAGCAUGUGCACCCUCUCUCGUGUUGACACCAGCAUCCUCAGCAAGGACAAAAGCGUCUGCUCUCGUGGAAAUAGGUCAAAGUGUAAACCUGAACCCGCAUGUAAAGAAAGUUAAUUUAGUUAGUUUUAGUGGUUGAAAGUAGUUUUGGACCUUGGAUAUUCAAACUGAUGGGUGUGCAGAUUUAAUUUAAUUACUGACUUAAUUUUUUUUUAUUUUUUCUUAGCUUUAAGUUUUUACUAAUUAGUUAAAUCAAUAAAUUCAAAAUAACAUUUUGUUGAAGAACAUUUAGUAACAAUAAAAUUAAGCUUGUUUGUAGGGCUUUCAAAUUAUUACAAUUUUUCAUCAGAUUAACCACAGAGUUCACAGUAGUUAAUCAUGAUUAAUCACCAUUUGCAGCUGUGUCUGAAAUAUGCCCAUUUUUACUAUAUUUUAUUGAAAAAAUAUAAAUGACAGGACAGGAUUAUAUAUAUACAGUGUAUAUAUAUAUUUGAAUGUAUUAACAGCUCCAGAUGAACGGAAAAUUUUAAUAAAGCUGAAAGAUAGCACACAUUUCUGAAAAUCGAUUUACCUAACACUAGUUUCUUUAAUAGUAGCAGAACAUUUGAAUCACACUUUAACCAUCUUAUUAUGCACAAUGAGAGAAUGCGCUCAAAGACAACACGUCAUUUAAAUCAGUUCACCUGUUUUUAGUGUAUAUUCUGUGAUUUCCCAGCCUACUUAAAUACAGCUAAUUUCCGCAUUAAGAGUUACAAAGUGAGUGAUAACAAUAUCCACUUAUUCAUUUUCUUUGUAUUUCUGUUUAUUUAGACCGCACAUACAUGCAUAGUAAAGAUGUUGAUGGGAUGUUCGGAGUGUCCCUGAAUGCAUCUACUGUAGGUGGCAAUGAGGAAGUGUCGUUGUCGAUGACGAAAAGACUACAGACGUCUUUUGUGAGUUGGAGAUACCCGUUCAGGUAUGCUGUUAGAAUUGCACUGAUGUUGAUGCGUUCGGGUCAGAAUAAAGUUAUUAAAGAGCGGCAAAGUCUUUGUGACUCUGUGGAGACGCUAUAGUGGCUCUGUCUGCCAUCAUAACGGAGAGAUGUGGCUUGACAAGAGUCAUAACGUAAUUAAUGAAAUAAAUUAGUUACCGCCGUUGACGCACGAUUUUGGCAGCCCUACUUCUUUAGCAUCUGCUUUUCGCGUAGGUUAACAUGGCGAUGGUGCCAAUAUUAAUGUUAUGGUAAGUGUCAUCACAAGAUUCAGUGUAUGUUUAAUGUCUGUGUAUAUUAAAAUAUACUAUGGAUCAACAACUAUAGGACUGUCUACUAAAAUGUAAACAUGUUUUACUGUUUCCAGUGUUUUUAUAUUUCCUAUUACAUGUGCACACAGGCCACAUUACGUGCCCCAGUGUACUGUACGUAAUAAUAAUGCUUCUAUUUAGGCUUAGCUGUUGUAAAGGCCUAUUAAAAACAUCUCAGUUUCUGAUCAACACUUUAUUCUGCAUCACAGCUUCAUUUACAGUUGUUGAAUUUAUGAAUGCACAUCCAGAUUUAUCAUACACAUUAAAGGGAGAAAAAGGGAGAAUCCCAUGUUACUGUAUGUAGUCAUACAACAAUUCAUUACGAUACACAAAAUUGAUUGAUUUGACUAUAAUUUGCAAGACGUGACACACAUGGAUGUAUACUGUAAAUUAUAGGAGCUGUAUUGAUACCAAGUGAGGAUGCUAAUCGUUGUUGCGUCUCAGCAGUUUCAAGAAAAAUGCAGCCAAGUCAUAAGUACCAACACCAGCCAUUGGGGGGCGCUGCUGCCAGCUGAGGCCCUUCCACCAACUGGGGCAGUAGUAGCCCUACAAGGAAGAAGUAAAGCUUGGUUAUCUCAUUUGCACAGUUGGAAUGUUGAAACCUGCUAACUCAGGGGUGUCCAAAAUGCGGCCCAGGGGUCAUUUGCGGCCCGCGGCAUAUUCUAAAAGUAUAAUUUACUAAUUUAUUUAACAAAACCCCCCAAAACAACAAUACAAAUGAAAAAUUUGCAGUAAUUUUACAAGGAUAAAGUCAAAAUAUGACGAGACAAAGUUAUAAUUUAACAAGAAAAAGUCCUAAUUUCCAAAGAAAAUGUCAUAAUAUUAUGAUGAAAAAUUUAGUACCAUAAAGUCCCACAAAGUUGAAAUAUUAAAGAAAAAAGAUGGUAUGUCCUUAAAGUCUUAAUAGUACAUUUUAUGAGAAUGAAGUCAUAAUUACAAGAAACAUUUUUAAAAGAGCCUUGCAAUUGGCUGCCGACCAGUCCAGGGUGUACCCCGCCUCUCGCCCAAAGUUAGCUGGGAUAGGCUCCAUCAUACCCCGCGACCCUAAUGAGGACAACUGGCAUAGAAAAUGGAUGGAUGAUAAAAUUUACAAGAAAAAGGUUGAAAUAGUUGGACAAUUAAAAAAAUCAACAACAGCAGAAAUGGAAAUUCUAGCGAGAAAAAAAGUCUCAUUUUUACGAGCAUAAACUCAUAAGAUUAUGAGGAAAAAUAAUGUCAUUUUAGUAGCGCAGAGUUUGAAUAUUAAAGAAAAAAUAUGUUCUUUUUAAAAAGUCGUAAUAUGAGAACAAAAACAAAAUAAAGUAAUUUUUGGAUAAUUAGGUUGGGGGAAAAAGUUACAAUAUUAUGGUAGUAAA